AGGAAACCCAGCAGGGGGAGGGGCGAGUGCAGCUUCAGGUCUGUUCAUUGGGCUAACUAAAGUCCAUCAACAAGCUAGUUAGCGGUGAUGGACGCUAUCGGCACUGCUCUAGCAACAAGAUAAUAUGGACUAGCUACAUGAGGGUUAUUGUUGUGCUUUGACAAUCACUAUCAAGCUGAGGACCAGAGGACCAUUUCAGGUGGUUGUGAUCAUCUCCUCCAUUCAUGCGGUCGCUGCUGGUGCCCAGAGGAGUCUGAGCUCUCGGUGGCGGGCAACCUCAGUCACCAUCUCGCUGGGACAACACGGCUCACUUACCGAGUAGGAGCAUGGUGGUCCCGGACAGUGCCAGCGUGGUCCCCCAGCCCGACCAUGGCAGUCCCACCGGCCACACGGAGAGCUCCAACCCCGAGUGUGAGGAUGAAGAGGAGGGAAGUCAAGACCUGGCAGGGGAGGAGCUUGAGGAGGUACGAAAGCUGCAGGAGCUAGUUCGGAGGUUGGAGGUCCAGAAUGAGACCCUACGCAACAGGGGGAGUAAGACUAUCAUCCACAGAGAAGCCAGCAGCAACAGCAAUCUCACAGCUGCUGUCAAUAUCAAUGAGGCACUGACCUGUGAAGGGGUGACCAACUCCCACCUCAGGUUGGAGCACAGUGGAGACACAGACUUUGAGCUGUCACCGCCUCAGGACAGCAGCAGUGGAGAAGACAUGUCCCCCUUGCCCCUGGCUAACAGGCUGGAGGAAGAGGAUGGAGAGGAGGAGGAGAUAGAAGAGGACGAACAGGGUCCAUGUGGGGGCUUUCUCACCUUGACCUGCAGCAACGGAGGGCUACAGUCCCAGGGGCAGACGCCAGACAGCCCCUCUCAGGGAAGUUAUGAAUCAGAGACACUUGCAGAGAGCGACUCAGGGGUUGACCAAACUGCACUGGAUGAGGUGGAUGUCCUAGAUUUGGAGGAUGAGUGUGCAGAAGUUGAGGAUGAAGACAGUUGGUUGUACGUGUCUCCUAAAAAGCAAGUAGCAGAUCAAGGCCCAGAGUCCCCGUUGAAAUGGUGUCGGCAGGCUCUCGACCACCGCAGCCCAGAGACAGAAAUUGCUUGUCGAACUCUGAUCAGCCGUUUGGACCAAUCAUCUCGAUGGAGGAACAUGUACAGUAGCCCGUCGGCAGAGGCAGGCUCGGCAGGCUCAGGCCUGAUCUCUCCUGGGUACCACAAAUCAACUAACAAAUCCCUACUAACCUGUGGCAGCUCAGGUGUCACAAACAUGCAGUCAGCCCUGAGCUCACAGUCCUCUAUAGACAGUGAGCUCAGCACAUCAGAUGACUCCAUCUCAAUGGGCUACAAGCUGCAGGACCUCACUGAUGUCCAGAUCAUGGCUCGUCUACAGGAAGAAAGUCUUAGGCAGGAUUAUGCUUCCAGCUCAGCGUCUGCAUCACGUCGCAGUUCCACAGCUUCCCUGCAAUCCCUGCGCAGGGGCGGCACAUACAGUGAUCAGGAGUUUGACAGUUACAGUUUAGAGGAUGAAGAGGAUGAGUUCUGCUCCAUGCCCCAGCGACGACAUCGCUUCACCCCCUCGCCCUUGGGCUCACCCCGGUGCCUGUCACCCUCCACCUCUAACCACGGUCAGGAAUACAGCAGCAGACUCGCCGCACCACGCACAAGAACACCAAGAAGAUCCCUACAGGGCCCCAGUGCAGAGCUGCUGAAAUUUGCCAAGAGUGAGGAGGAGUUGAGGCACAGCAUGCCUAAUCUGGCCCCCCGCACCAGCCUACGUUCCCUGGAGGCAGUCAGAAACAGCCGCAGCAUGGAGGCUAACCUCCAGAGUUCUGGCAACCGCAUGUCCCGCCUUCCACACUCCCCCUCCACAGGUAUGGCUGGCAGUCGGCUGCGUAGUAGCGGCCAGUCUCCUCUCUCCCUGCGGGCUCCAGUGAAAGCUGUGGCGCCCAUGUCAGCUGGACGUCAGGCUUCCAGAGGUCUGCCUGUUGUUCAAGCACCAGCAGCAGGAGGGGGACGUCGGGUCCAGUCUCCAGGAUCUGCCAAUGGUGGAGCAUAUAUACCUGGGAGAGCCUCUACUGGGGCAGGGAGGGCGGCAGUGGGAAGAGGACAGGCUGCACCAUCAGCAUCCACCAGGAGUAAACUUUCACAGCCAACCAGACGGUCUUUUGGCAUGACCAAAAUGUCAGAUGAAUCCUGGAAAGAUGGCUGUUACUGAGACUGAUGAUGAUGUUCACUGCUGCAACCCCCACCUGAACUGUCCCCACCUUACCUCUCAUAGUACAAAGAGCAUCACAGAUGUGUCGUACAACCUUUCGGUCCCCUAUUUCAAAACUGGAAACGCUGGGCUGCACUCGAUUUGUAGUCAAGACUCAUCUCUUUCCUCGCAUGAAAUAUUGUCAACCCACACAGAGAGGAUGUGUAGGCAGACAACACAGCACAUGUGCACACUCCACUUGUGAUAUGGACCAACUCAGAGCUUCCAGAAGAUUUGUUUGUGUCAAUUUUACUUAUUUUUUCUAUGGUGAUUGUGAGAAACUGCUGGAAUAAUAAGGGUUGUAGUACUGUUCUAUUGAUGUAAAUGAUAUGAAGUCAAUUUAAAAGGAAGAUAUUGCUGGUUUGUUCUUUUUCUAUGUGAAUUCAAAGUAGAUGAAGGAGCUGAGUGUUGCAUGCUUGGUUUUGUUAUCUUAACCCUACAGCCAAUCCAUCAUUAUGUAACUGCAAUAUGACAAAUCCCUGAUGUGUCUCAAAUGAUCUGUUUGAAUUUAUGAAUGUUGGAUUGGUUUAUAGUGAAAUUAUCUUCAGACUUGUGUUGUAUUUGUGUUUUGCUAUUUGGUCACACAGCAAUGCAACUCCUGUAAACCACACUGCCCUUAUAGAUAAUACAAACAAAUAAAAAACUAUAUGGUUUGUGCCAAGGUGCAUUUCAGCUGCAACACUCUUUCUAUAAUUCCAGGAGUAAUCUUGAUUCAUGAAAGCUAUUGUUAUGGUACUGUAUUUUCCUGGCAUUUCUACUGCAUAUCUAGAGGUGGUUUCAAGUGUUUGCUUUUGGAUACCACUUUAAAAAAAGAAAUGGUUUAUGCACGAUGGCCGCCUGCCUUAGAAAGCUAUGCACCCUGAUGCAGAGUGCCUCUGAAAUUUAGGAGCUGUUGAAAAAAUGAUUAAUAAAGUCUACCCUGAAACUACUACUACUA